AUGGCUGAGUUCGAAAAAAGCCACAUACACUCGCCAUGUUCCCAGUCUAAUGAAAUGAGCGCGAUUCAAGACAGAGUUGGCAGAUCGAUCCUUGCCACCUUUAUUGCAGCACUCGGCCCAGUCAGCUUUGGAUUCUGUCUGGGAUAUUCAUCGUCUGCCUUGCUGGAUUUACAAAGCACUGAUGAACCUUCUGCAGUUCGUUUAUCUGACGAUCAGGCAUCUUGGUUUUCAUCUUUAGUUACUAUUGGAGCUAUUUUCGGAAGUGUCAUUGGUGGAUGGGUGAUUGACAAGCUCGGUCGGAAAGGUACCAUUAUGUUUUGCACAAUUCCAUUUGUGCUUGGAUGGCUUCUCAUUUGCUUCGCUCAGAGUGUUGCCAUGCUUUACAGCGGUCGGAUCAUUACAGGCCUGGGCUGUGGUACAAUCUCGUUGACUGUUCCGGUUUACAUUGCUGAAAUUUCAGCUGCUAGGAUACGUGGUACUCUGGGGUCUGUCACCAAUUUGGCCAUCACCGUUGGUCUUAUACUAGCCUAUGUAGCGGGUGUCUUUUGUCACUGGAGAUGGCUAGCUUUUAUAGGUGCAAUUCCUCCCACGCUGCAAGUCAUUCUUAUGUUUCCUGUGCCGGAGACUCCUCGCUGGUUGCUGGGAAAGGGCCGUAGAAGUAAAGCCCUAGAAUCCUUGUUGUGGUUAAGAGGUCCUGAUGCAGACAUCGAAGAAGAAUGUGUCACCAUCAGAGAGACCAUAGAUCGUCAUGAGAAAUUUCAUCUAAGGGAAUUAUUAUCGCCAGAGAUCGCUAAGCCUCUUGCAAUCAGUGUCGGGUUGAUGGCGUUCCAGAUGCUCUCUGGAGUCGACGUAGUGGAGUUCAACGCUGCAGGCAUUUUUGCAACUGCAGGCUUUUCAAAUGGAAAGCUUGCAGCUAUUACUGUCGGCUUGGUACAGUUCGUGGCUGCUGGUUUGGGAUGUGUCUUAAUGGACAAAGUAGGACGUAGAAUUCUCCUAUGGCCCGCUGCACUUGGUAUGUGUGUGUCUCUUGUAACCCUAGGUGUGUACUUCCUGAUCUACAUUCCUCCGAAAGAUGGUGGCUCAACGUCUGACACUGUUUCCAUGCUCAGCUCUAUCAGCCACUCGGUGCCAGCUAAAGACAUUUCUUGGUUGUCAAUCUUGUGCAUUGUUCUAUUCAACCUGAUGUUCUCCCUUGCAUGGGGACCCGUAGCAUGGCUUGUGAUGGCGGAAAUAAACCCCCUGCGUGUUCGUGGCUUUGCCUGCAGCUUAGCAGCUUUGACAAACUGGUCAAUGGCGUUUGUUGUCACUUAUACAUAUAAUUCCAUGGUUAAUGCUCUCACCAUCCAAGGAACCUAUUGGGUUUAUGCAGGCAUUUCCUUCCUAGGUUUCCUUUUCGUUUACUUCCUUUUGCCCGAGACAAAAGGCAAAACACUGGAGGAAAUAGAGGCCAUCUUUAAUAAAGAUAAGCACAACUACGAAAGGAUUGACUAAGCAUUUGAUACUAAUUUGAUAUCUAUAUUAAUAUCGUACGGACAAUGUUACUUUUAAAUUUUUGUUUCCAAAGAGAGUUGAGAAAUAUUAUAUUUGAUUUGCAAAAUAUGAAAAUGGUGAUAAGUUUGCUCCUAAAACUACGUACAACAAGUUAUUUGACUCGGUAAGAGAUUGAUGAUACAGUAAAUUAUAUGUUUGCACUUCGAAAAUAUAAAAUCCCUUUCAACUUAAGAUAAGAUAAUCAUCAGACGAGUUGAGGUUGAAAAUAUAGAACUGCCGCGUUGAUGAGGCACUUAACUGUACUGAACUUGCAAACACGAGAUUUGUGAUCGUAAAAAGAACAGAAAUUAAAUUGCAUUUUUGUUUAUAUAAUUGCCACAUAGCGAGCAAGGAGAGAAUUUCUAAAUAAAUUAAGCAUAUCUUGUGGCCGUUGCGCUAACCAUUCUGGAUGUCUAUUGGGUUUAUAGCAGGGUUUUGCAAUUCUUCUAAAGCAGACGAUGAAUAUCCCCAACAGUAACCACAACUGAGAGAGGCCAGAGCAACUGGCAUAGCAGCUAAGACAGAUCUCCCGAGUCUGCUUUUCUCUUUGGGCUCAUUUAAGUGAACUGACUGCCAGUGGAAAUUUUUGAUUUGCAAUUCUGCCAUUUGAGAUAACGUCUGACUAUAAAACUAGUUUAACUUCAGCAAACCGUAUAAAUGAUCGGCAACGAAUGCUUAAAAUGUCGUCGUUUUUUGUAACAACGCCAGAGUGUAUCAAAUAAGUUAAGUCUGUAGUCAAAGUCCAAACUCGCUCUUGUAACGUGAUUAUUAUUUGUUCACCUCUCGUUGGUCUAAAACAAUAAAGCAAUUU